CCAACAUCAACAACCAUCCCCUCCAUAUCCUUCGCAUCCAGUAUCCAUUGACAAUCUCAUACAGUAUUUUCGGUCACUGUGCCCCUUCAUUCAUAUGGUUCUUGUUCUGUGAUACGAUCACAACCCAGUCCAGAAAACCAAACCAAAAAAAAAAAAUUCCUCGGAGGGACCCGUUCGUCCACUGCUGUUGGCUUGGUGUACCCGCACCCCGUUUGCGUCUGUCCCCAAGAAGCUCCACCGCACUGCCCAGCUUGCCUCUCCAAGUCAGUCAGCUGUUGCGACGCCCGAGCGACUCGGUCACCCCGACCCCUCCUUUCUCGACAGGCCACCUUCGGUCGGCCCUGUAUAUUCGGAGCUCGAUCUUGCCCCUCGCGUCGGCAUCGAUGAAACGUUGAUCAAGAGAAGAGGAAGAUCGUCAUUUUGCUCUUCGCCCGCUUGCCCGCUUGCCCGACUUUCCACGCUAGAGGCUCCCUUCGUCGAAAUCCAUGCGCCGGCGCCGACCACAGCAUUGCUCAAUCCACACUUUACAUGAGCUGCAGAGCUACCAAGACGACGAGAACCCACCACCCUGCUGCCAAACAUACCUGCCUGGUCCGACCCGCAGCUCGCAUCUACGAUAGCUAGAUGGCAGAUGGUUAUCAAUAUCUCCAGCAGCACCUCGGAAACUUCCUCUACGCACAGCCUCCCCCCAAGAAUUCGCUUGCCGACCAGACUCUUCUGAACACCCUCCUCAGCCACGUUUCCCCAAGCCCCCGCCCAGGCUCCAAUCCUUCCGAUCGGGGCUCGCCAGGUCGAUCCGUCCAAGGCAUGUACAGCACCGGUCACCAGCCGGGGCCCAACUCCCGGCUCAAUGGCGGGUCCAAUGCCGCAUCACGCUCCAUGCAGAUGCUCUACAACCACCCCUCCAAUGCCUCGACGCAAUACACCCAUCCGUCACACCAUCAAGGCAUCCAGCCCGACCACACGGGCCAUGGUGCAUCCAUGGGCCAUGCCUCCGGCUACUCCAGUGGCAUAAUACCGAAUGCGAGCCCCUACUCGUCCAACAACAUUCCCAACGGCCACCCCGGCACGACAAGAGGUGGCCAGGCCCAGCAGAUCAACGAGGAGUGGGCGCUGCAGCUCCGGCUACACAAAGAGGCGGAGAGGGCGCACACAGCCAUGAACGAGCAGCACAGUGGCCACUACUUUGCACGGCUAAAGGCGGCUGAGAACAGAGGCAUAGGCCCCUCUGUUGCUGCGACCACUACCAACAACGUAGUCGAUGCUGAUGACGAGCAAGGCGUAAGGCGCCCUCAUAUGGUCGAGAAGACAGACCAGCGGCAGGAGUGGUUCAACAUGGACUUGAGCGGCCAGGGUGUGCGGCAUCUCUCGCCUGAGCUGUUUGAUCACUACGCCUUCCUCAAGGAGCUCUAUCUUGCGUCGAACAAGCUCUCGCACGUGCCCCCAGCACUGGGCCAGCUCAGGAAACUGACCCUGCUGGAACUGUCACACAACCAGAUUGCAGAAAUCCCCCCUGAGUUGGGCAUGUGUACCUCCCUGAAACAGCUCUUACUCUUUGACAACCAAAUUCAAACGCUCCCGUACGAACUGGGCUCUCUCUUCAACCUGGAAAUCCUCGGCAUUGAAGGAAACCCUCUUGAGGCAGAGUUGAAGCAGGAACUGAUGGAGAAGGGCACCAAGAGCUUGAUCUCUCUCCUUCGCGAGCAGGCAAAGGUACCCCUUCCGCCAAACCCACGACCACUUAUUGUCCUCAAUGAGGACGUCUCGCCUUCCCUGGAACGCAUCAAGGUCCUCACCUGGAACAUCCUCUGCGAGAAGUACUCUACUACCAACGUCUAUGGAUACACUCCAAGCGGAGCCCUUGCAUGGGAUUUUCGGAAGGAUGGCAUUCUCCAAGAAAUCAGGGAACGCGAUGCCGACAUCGUGUGUCUGCAGGAGGUGUCUGUCGAUGCUAUGCGGGAGGUUUUGAGCCCGGAGCUCGCCGCAGACGGCUACAAGGGGGUGCAAUUCUCCAGGACUAAGGCUAAAGUCAUGUACGACAAGGAGGCCAACGCGGUCGAUGGUUGUGCAGUCUUCUACAAGGCGAAGAAGUACAUCCUCCUAGACAAGCAGGUCAUUGAUUUCUCUACCAUCGCAAUCAACCGGCCUGACAUGAAGACUCACCACGACAUCUUCAACCGUGUCAUGCCCAAGGACAACAUCGGCAUGAUUUGCUUCUUCGAGAGCCGGCAGACUGGAGCAAGGAUGAUUGUGGCGAAUGCGCAUUUGGCCUGGGAGCCCGAGCUGGCAGAUGUGAAGCUCAUCCAGACGGCUAUCCUCAUGGAGAAUGUCACCAAGUUUGGAGAGAAGUAUGCUCGGUGGCCGGCAUGCCGCGACAAGAAGUUCAUCCAGCUCGCAGCCGACGAGGAUGAGCAGGAUGUGAUGCCCGAGCCAGCACCGUCGCAGGAAUACCGGAACAACACCGAUCUUCCGGUCUUGAUCUGUGGUGACUACAACUCUCCUAACGACAGUUCUGUGUACGAGCUUCUGUCGAAGGGGCGGGUCGCACCGGAUCACGCAGACUUUGGUGGGCGUCAAUAUGGUGUCUUUACACGUGAUGGCAUUGAGCACCCCUUCCACCUCAGGUCGUCAUACUCGGCCCUGAACGGCACACCAGACGAGAUACCGUUCACAAACUACGUGCCCACAUUUAACGGCGUGAUUGACUACAUCUGGUACUCAAGCAACUGUCUGGAGGUCAUCUCGGUCUUGGGCCCACCUGACAUGGAAUAUCUGAGGAGGGUACCUGGAUUCCCCCACUACCACUUCCCAUCUGACCACAUUCACCUCAUGACGGAGGUGGCUAUCAAGGCCCGGAAGGACAAGAAGGCAUUGCCUGAAUCCGAAUUCUCGGGUCGAUAAAGUCGUUUUGCACUUUCAUCAGUCGGUUUUGGCGUGGGCGCGCUGCUUUGGAAUCUUGCGCUACUUUUGGUUGUCGGAUUUGGUGGGUGGCAAACCCGGUGUUCUGGAUCUGGUUCUUACAAACGAAAGCGAGAUGUGAUUAAGGGAGGAGGAGAAGGGGGGGCGGGGGAGAAAGAGAUCUUGUUCCUUCGGCGACAGGCUGGUUGGUUGGAGUGCGUAUGCCCAUCUUGCGGAUGCGUGGUUCCUAUGUUCGUUACGUGGGUUUUCUCUUUCUUUCUUUUUCCUUCGGGGUUGGUGGGGGUGGAUCUACGAUGCUGAUUGAAGGUGGAAACAGGGUCUGAUUAUGGAGGCGUAAGAGACAUGGCUCUGGACCCAAUCAUUUCUACUAAGAAUCAUCACAUGAUCACAUGUUUGGCUGAAGUUCUGGAACACUUUGUCACUUAACUUAUUGUCGGAAACGACACAGCAGAAUCAGCAGGCCUUCAACGGACCGGGAGCAGAGGAUGAAGGGGGAGAGGGGCCAUUGUCGUUCUGCUUGUAGGAAUAUAUUCCCAUUUAUGGUUGUCU